CUGUCACGCACAACAAUGGGGUUCGAUCGGUCUAUCUGUGCAGUGGGAUCCCGAGGUUUGCAGCUUUGUAUAAACCACCUGUUGGAACCAACAAGCCCCUCCUCGUCUCUCGCUUCCCUUGGUGCCACCAGGCGAUUGGAGGAGGGUGGGACAAAUGCAACUCCCCCUCCUCCCACAGCCGGCCCGGCACCCAAUAUUUACACCAGGACGCGUACACCUUCCACAAGUUAUCUCGGCGCACUAACACUGGGUGGACGAGGUGGAUUGAGUCAAACGCGCUCGCUGCUUUCAUUGGACUUGGGAGCCUACAGGCAAACGGGGAAUCUCAAGAUGCCGAGGUCUUUUCUUAUCAAGAAGCAUUUCUCAACCAGUAAGAAACCCAAUUAUGGAGAACUGGACAGCCAGACAGUGAUCAUCUCUCCGUUCCUCUAUGAGAAGUACCCGGUCCCUGCUAUCCCACAGCCCGAUAUCCUCAGCUCCGCCGCCUACUAUCCCGCCAUCGUAUGGGAUGCAGGGUUAAUCUCCAGUUUCUGCUCGGCUGACAUCGAAGCCAAUCUCGCCGGCAAACAGAUCGAUUCGCAGUCGGCGGACAGCGCGAAACGGUGCAAACCUCACGACCUGGCGUCGUUGUCGAGCGAGGAAGAGGACGGGAAGACGUCGGACCCUCCCAGCCCCGACUCGUCCGCCACAGAAGCGGAGAAGUUUCAAUGCAACCAGUGCACAAAGUCGUACUCCACUUUCGCUGGGCUCUCCAGACACAAACAGCUGCAUUGCGAGGUCCAAGCGCGGAAGUCCUUUAACUGCAAGUACUGUGAGAAGGAGUAUGUGAGUUUGGGGGCACUCAAGAUGCACAUCAGGAGUCACACGCUGCCGUGUGUGUGUAAAAUCUGCGGCAAGGCUUUCUCCAGACCCUGGCUGCUACAGGGACACAUCAGGACACACACUGGAGAGAAGCCCUUUUCCUGCCCUCAUUGCAACAGAGCAUUUGCAGAUCGAUCCAACCUCAGAGCCCAUCUGCAGACUCAUUCAGAUGUGAAAAAGUAUCAGUGCAAAAACUGCUCCAAGACUUUCUCCAGAAUGUCUCUUCUUCACAAACACGAAGAAACAGGAUGCUGUGCAGCUCGUUGAGACUGAACGAUUAUACGAAGCAACAACUGCCAUGCGCAUCUCAACUCAUUGGUUACAGACUGAAUCUUUUUUUUCUGUUGGCUUAAUGCUGAUUUUUUUUUGUUUUGUUUUAUUUAUUAUGAUUGGAGCAUAAAUAUUAACAUUCCAGUUUUGUAACUCAAUAGCUACCACCUUUUUGAGAGGGAGGACAGAACAGGGCCGGCUCUUUCAGGGAGACCUUGAUGUAUCUCCAGGACAUUUCAUUCAGUAUUUGAUUCAGUACAAACCACCAAACAAGAGAGACUGUUUUUAUUGGUGUAACUAUGCAAUAAAAUGGUAAACUUGGGCUGCUGACAUAAAACGUUCUCAGUGGAACAAUGAAGCCCUGCAAUGUGUAAAGAUUUGUGCAAUGGGUUUAACAGACAUGGCUUGAUAUUCGAAACAAAAUUCCUGUUUACGGGGCAAGCUGUGUCCUGAAGCACCUGUUAAUAUGAACCUUAACAACUGCUUUUCAGUGGGAGUGUGACUAAUGGCAGGCAGUUGUCGCAUGCUACAAUGCAGGGCUUAGAUAAACGCCUGACUAUUGACAGGUGUGUGCCAAAAGACUUUUUAUGGCUAUUGACAGGUGCCUGGUGAAUGCAUCUUUUUCUAUACAGUGUACACAAUUGUCACAAUAUAUAUUUGUUUACAUUACAAGGGUACACUGGUAUUGCUCUUUGUAUACUGUCAUUUUUUAACGUGACAGUUUUGUAUUGCUAAGACUUUAACAUGUACAUUAUAUAAAGAAUAUGUAAUAAAUUUUUUUACAUUCAA